AUGGAGCUCUUAUCUAGGCCAAGAACAACGGAGGAACUCAUUGAACGUUUAAAGAGACUAGAACUCGGCUUGGAUAACCAGGCUGUGGAUAACGACCCGACGAUUGCAAGGCAGAGACCGACCUCGGAACGCAAUCGGGAAGCUACCGCACUUCGUUCACUAUUGUACUCUAUGGUACAAACGUUUUACAAUAAUCCAGAACGAUCAUAUGCUGUCGAGGCUGCCUUGUUAUCCCCAUUUUGCAAUGAGGAGAGCUACGCCCUUUUGUUCAAUGCCUUUGCCAAUUCCGUCGCAGCCGAUUCAAGUGGGAGCGGUAUUCCGGACAUCAACGUUCUGAAUUCCUUUAGCAUUAUGCUACGUUCAACUCAGGUCGAGCACAUUGGACAGAAACUUCCGCUUGGAUAUGCUAUUCAGUCCCUUACAAACCGGCUCACGACGGCUUGUUCGGCGGCUGAUGACGUGACCCAAUAUGUAUUACUGCGCACCUUGUCAACAAUUUUAGAUGUUAUGAACGAAGUUAAAUUCGAAGGUAUCAGCGACACCCAAAUCAUGCAACCCCUAUUCGACCUGCUGGAAAAUGUGAGCGGGCACCCUGAAUUGCGUCUCUCUCAGGCAGCACGAUAUGCAAAACAGGCCUUGCGUGGCAUCCACAGCGACGUUAGCCCAUGGGAAAAACUUGCCAAAAGUGUAUGGAACGUAAUCAAGGGUGGUGCCGCAAUUGCUGGCUCUGUCGGGACCUUGGACCCUAAUAAAUUAUUGGAAGGCCUGGAAGCACUAGGCGAAGUAGCGAAUAUGGUGAAAUUGAUAACAGACGUCAUUGAUGAGGUCAAUAGCAUAAGGGAUAUAAAUAAGGGUGUCCAAAACCUAAAAAGUCCGAGGCAAUGGUAUGUAGCGCUUCGCUUUACGGACUUGAUAAUCCGGGGACGAAGGAACGUCCUCCUCGGAUCUUUACUUGAGAGCCUCAAGCCAUCAUUGAGGAAAGACGAAGACUUUUUAUGUGGGCUCUGUGCACUUCUAGAGCAGGCCAUCCACCAUAAAGCAGACGGCGAGGUUAUUAAGGUCCUGAGAGGGUUCUUGACCGAUCAACGCGCCAUAUCUAAGUCUGCGCGUGUCCAUGGAUGGGUCGAUUUGGUAGCUGGGCCUGCGAAGUCAACAAAACUCUCUAUGCCUAAGCGAUUGCUCUCUAAGCUACACCUCGCGCGGGAAUACCAUACUACUCUGGGAUACCAGCAAACACCAUCGCAAACACCAGGAAAUGUGCUGCUGGAGAAGGCAUGGCCUACUUGCCAUGAAGCUAAAGUAUUUUACGCUGAUCAAAUGAUACGCAACUACUAUACUAAUGAGACAGUCAAGCGGCUCAAUAUUGAACGACUUGGUACUAACCAUAGGUUACCCAUGGAAAAGUGCUAUAUCAACUUGGCCAUUGUACAACAGGAGGAAAAAGAAAAUAGGGGUAUCGAACCGUCCUCAUUGUUAUUCCAUCGCCGUCUAGCUAUCUGGAAACCCAAUGAGUCGGAUCGUGUCUCGCUAGUAGACCUCUUCCGGCCGCAAAAGGAUGCUGAGAAAGCAAAUAAAGUUGAUUACCGACGGGUGCUCAUUCGUGGGCAGGCUGGAGUGGGCAAGAGCACACUUUGUAAGAAGAUCGUUUAUGACCACAUUUACAACGAGAUGUGGUCUGAAAUCAUCAAUAGAGUCAUCUGGUUACCUUUGCGUCAGCUCAAAGGCCAAGACAUGCAGAAAUAUGACAUUCAACGGCUCUUGUUCGAGCGUUAUUUCAGUAAUAACUCUCAGGAUGGGAAGCUUCUUGUUGAGGCGCUCCAUGAUGAGAUCUCCAAAGAGGGAAGUAGGACUCUCUUUAUCCUUGACGGGCUAGAUGAAGUAUUGCAAGAACUAUCUUCAGGCGAGUCCGAAUUGUUACUGUCACUUUUACAACAAACUCGGGUGAUCAUUACUACGCGGCCGUACGCUGUUCGCCAAAUCGCGAUUGAAAAUAUUGAUCGGGAAUUCGAAACCAUUGGAUUCUACGAUGAGCAGGUAUCUCAGUAUAUCGAAGCCGUGGCCCCAGACAAUGCAAAAACAAUCCAGUCAUUUCUAAGUAACCAUCCAAGAGUUGAAGAACUAGCAAGGAUCCCAAUACAGCUCGAUGCCUUCUGUUAUAGCUUCGAACAAGAAGCUUCAGAUAAAGGCAAAGGACCGCGAACUAUGACCCAGCUCUAUAACGCCACCGAGAGUAUUAUAUGGAAGAAGGACGUAGUUCGGUUAGAAAAGAGACUUCAGGGCCGGCUAGAGACGAUUACCAAGGGGGUGGCCGUGCAGUUAAAUUUGAAGGAAACUCGGGAUUUGAUUCAAGGAGAAGUUAACGUGCUGCAGGCCCUCGCAUUUGAUGCAAUCAUUAGAGGCACGGAGGAAUUUGACUCGAAAUACAUGGAAAAUUUCUUGGAUAGGCAGAAUGACCUAACGGAAUAUCUCGCCAAACCGAAAUACGACGUAUUUUCAAUAUACUUCAAGGAAUUUUCGUUCCUUCGCACUUCAGACCGCAGUAGCGCAGCGAAGAAUAACAGCUACCACUUCUUACAUCUGACCUUCCAAGAAUAUUUUGCAGCGCAGUACUUUGUGCAGCACUGGCCGGACAGGCAGCUACCGCAGUUGGGGAUGAGCACCGCCGAAUUUCUCCGGAGAGAGAAAUACAACCCGCGUUUUGACAUCAUGUGGCGUUUUGUUACUGGUCUGCUUCAUGCCAAGGGGGACGCAAAAAAGUUCUUUGAAAUAAUCGAGACAGAGCCAUACGACCUCCUCGGAUUCACACAUCAUCGUCUUGUUCUACAUUGCCUCGAAGAAGUUGUGGAACUAAGGGAGAUCGCGGAUUUCUAUCUUCGCGACAACCUGGAAUAUCAUUUAAGCGAAUGGCUAUUAUUCGGACUGAGAUUCACGAGAGAGACCCAUUCCGAAUGGGAAUUUGGUGUUGAAUAUCCGGAGAAGAUGCUGCGGCAAUGCUUGUCGGCGACGGAUGAUGAGUCGUUGCAAUGCAUUGUUCUAGAUGUGCUGCAAAAGCGCCCUAUAAUCUCAUCAGAUACGGUUAACAAAGUUACCGAGUACUGUGAAAGUAGCGACCCAGAAUUGAUAAUUAAAGCUCUUCAGGUGCUCUUAUCUUGCAAGUAUACGUUACCGGGUAACUGUUUUCAUACGAUAACAAACCUAAUAGAGGAUUCUGACCCAUACAUCAAAGAAUUGGCGAGCGCUAUAUUGUUGAUAGCAACAGACUUACCAGAGGCGACUUUCUCGGAGUUAAUCGUAUACGUGAAUCAAGGGGAUACGAGCACACGGUUCUUUGCACUUACACUCUUAGAACUUUUGCCUCUAAUACCGGAGAAGACUCUCCUAGAGAUGGUGGUUAUUAUACCAGAUCUAGAUGUGGCCAAUACGAAAAGUAUAAUGAAGAUAUUCAGAAAUCAAGGCGGUCUAUCAGAUCAUAUAGUCCUAAAGAUGCUGGAUUUGAUCCAAAGGAGACGAUUGAAAAAACCAAGGGUAAUACUAUGGGAUAAAAGAGCCCAGGCUCGACCGUGGAUAACAGCUAAACAAUCGGGCCGCAUUGCGCCCAGAGUUGUAGAAAAGCUACUGAACAUGUUGAAGGACCCAAAUAGUACGGUCCGAAAAGAUGUUGCAUAUGCCUUUUGUGGCUACAAACUGAAGGAAGAUCCAGAUCUCCUUCAUAAAAUCAUGGGCAUAUUUGAGGAGCCCGACCUGUCUGAUGGCGCAAGACUCGUUUUAUCUUUCAAUGAAGACCUGCCGGAAAACAUCAUCCACAAGAUGGUAGAUUAUUUGGAGAACCAUGACACAGGCAUCCAAUCCGCCGCAACUCGUAUCUUGGCGUCGCAAUACGUCAAAUUCUCGAUGGCCAUUCUUCAGAGAAUAGGCAGUUUACUAAAUAAUCCAAGGAAACGACGGAUUGCGACAAAAGCCUUACGUAGUCAGCGCUCUCUACCAGAACAAAUCCUACAGACUAUAUUAGACCAAUUCAAAGAUCCAAGGACACGUUUACAUGACCAGGAACUUAUUCUAUCGACUCAAUCAUCCAUGCCGGAUAGUAUUCUUCAACAACUCAUAGCCUUGUUGCAAGUCGAAGAUGAAAGACUACAGAAGAUGAUAACUGAUGUAUUGUUGUCUAUUCGAUUAACCUUCCCGGAAAUGAUUAUUAGAAAAUUAGCAGUUCUUUUGGACUGUGAAAGCAUAGACAUCCAGUAUACUGCAAUGCAGGCUCUAAGCAAGCAAUCAUCCCUACCUAGGGAAGUUCUUCGCAAGGUUGUUUCGAAUAUACGGCACCAUGACGAAUCAAGCGUUAAGAAUAUUAUUAAGAAGAUGAGGCCCGAAUUGGUGCGACAGUUCGUCGUGAUGCCUGAGAUCGUGUUAGAUACGAUACGUCUACUGAGCCAUCCUAGUUACCCCGUCCAGUAUCGCUUGAUAAGAAGCAUGGAGAGGAUACCGAAUCUACCGGACGGUAUUCUUGAGGAGAUGGUCCACUUGUUGGGGGUUAUGAACCAGGAAACCUCAGCGAACGGGAAAAUCCUAGAUGCUGUGGUAGCGUUCUUCUGCAACCGAAAGCCGGAUUCGUUAGACAGUGUCCUUGAAGAGUUGGCGCGUCUGUUCAACCAUUCAAAUAAGGACGCCCGUGAUGCGGUAGCUUCAAUUUUCGCCCGGCAGCGGUCUGUUCUGUCAAAAGAGAUUUUGCAAAUUAUGACGCUGCAGUUGAACAAUUUCGAAGCUAGGGUUCUCAAUGAUUUAUCAUCCCUCUUAGGAUUACAGCCAGUGUUGCCAGAAGCGAUGCUUCAAGACCUCAUUGCUAUGCUAAACCAUCCAGAGGAGGACAUCGGAUAUGCUGCAGCAAAUAUUAUCACCAAGAGCUUGGCCCAAUCGGAUGCAACAUUCAAUCUAUUGUUCGACCUGCUGGAAGAGCAGUCAUUUAUUAGGCUAUACGCAUUCUGGAUGAAGGAAAGCCUCCAGAAACACAUAACAUGGUGUGUCGAUGGGAAGAAUUCCAUUAUUAGCUUGCCGGGAAGAGACAGGAGCAUCCCUCUAGACAAGUUUAAGGGUGCGGUCCGCAAAGCGCGAGAAUCCUUCGGUGUCCCCUAUAAGGACUUUGGCCAAGUGCUCUAG